GCAUUUUUAAAAAAAACUAGGAGAAGAAUUAAAAACUCUCUUCCAUUCACUCCAGCGUCUCCUUUCUGGAAAUGCAAGUGGAGAAUAGGGUGGAUGUAGCACGAAUUCCCAAUUUUUCAGGCCAAACCAGAGGAAGGGAGCUGGCGUUCUGCUUCUCGUGUUGCUUCUAUUUUUAAGCCGUGUGAAAUACCAAAGUCUCUUGCGUCCAAGAUGAAGAUUUCCUGACCCGGGCAAACAACACGCGUGUCGACCGUCUAUUUAUUCCUUUACAUGUUGCUCUGCUGCUCGAGAAACUCUGGCUGGGGAGAGCCUGCAAAUCUAAGUUAUGAUCUCGUGAACCUCCACCGCUCCAUGACAUCGAUGACAAAAACUUGGUUUAGGAAAAGGAACCGGUAAGAAGAACAAGCUGCUGCAGAUCUUUCUGUGCUUGAAAAGAUUGCCUGGAAGUGUGUGGUGGAGAGAGAGGAAAAAACAACAGGAGAAGCAAGAAUGAGCAGGAAGGAUGGAGAGCCCACUAGUUCAGACGGCAGUGUGAAGAAGAUGCUGAAGUGUGUCGUGGUUGGUGAUGGAGCUGUUGGCAAGACCUGUCUACUCAUGAGUUACGCCAAUGAUGCUUUCCCGGAAGAGUAUGUCCCUACCGUGUUCGACCACUAUGCAGUUACCGUGACAGUUGGUGGCAAGCAACACUUGCUUGGGCUUUAUGACACUGCAGGCCAGGAGGACUACAAUCAACUCAGACCCCUUUCUUACCCCAACACAGAUGUGUUUUUGAUCUGUUUCUCUGUGGUCAACCCCGCCUCGUACCACAACGUCCAGGAGGAAUGGGUGCCGGAGUUGAAAGGCUCCAUGCCUCAUGUGCCCUACGUUCUGAUCGGAACACAGAUUGACCUUCGAGAUGAUCCCAAAACCUUGGCUCGCUUACUCUACAUGAAGGAGAAGCCCCUGACUUACGAACAUGGCAUCAAACUGGCAAAAGAGAUUGGAGCCCAGUGCUACUUGGAGUGCUCAGCCUUGACCCAGAAGGGCUUGAAGGCCGUCUUCGACGAGGCCAUCCUCACCAUCUUCAGCCCCAAGAAAAAGGAGAAGCCCUGUUCUACCUGCUGUCGUUCCUGUACUGUCGUAUGACGACACCUCGUAGAAAACUGUGCUGAUGUUUGGUCAAAGCAUUCCCGCCCUGCCUUUCACACCCAUGUUAGAGAGACCCAUGUCUCCUACAAAGGAGACCUUUUUUGGUGUUGUUGAAGUUCUGCAGCCAUGCUAAGCAAGAACCACGUGGCCUUUUCGGGUCUUCUCCGAACCCACUGCAGAGCUGCUUAUUCCGUCAGGCAUGCCCACGUUGGUGGCACCGUUCCCCCUGUGCAUCAGCUCAGAAAGGAAAGUAUCUUCUCCACCCAGGAUCUGUGAUGGGCCAGAAGGAAGGAAGGAAGGAGCCCAAGAUCCUGGUCCUGCAAUACCUCUGGGAGAAACUGGAUUCAUCAUCAUUUGUGCCUUCAGGAAGAAAUUAAUUGAUCUGUUCCAAUACCACUAUGCAAUAAUAACUCAGGCUUCCACCAGCUAAACGACAUAAACAGGGCUUUAGGACUUGGCUGUCAUAAGGCAGAGGUGAAGACAGAGGUUAAAAUGUUAUGUUUUUUGGACUACAAUUCCCAUAUUCCCAGCCAAACCAACUUGGAUUGGACCAAGAUGUCUGGCUUAAGUUGUGUCUUUACCUAAGCAGCUUAAUGAUCUUGAGAAGUGGAAAGUUUCCCUGCUGCUUGCCUGCGGAAGGCAAGGGAGAGGAAGUUUUGCAUUUCUUUUUAAUAACUGCUAAUGGAUCAGCGAAGCUUCGGUCCCUGAUACGCUGUGUCAGUGAGCAACAGUUAGAAACAAAUGGCAAGUUCUCUCUUCUUUCCCCUCCAUGGGAGAGCAGAAAGGAAGCUUCUCAUUUCUCAAGAUGGUUAAGCAGUUUAGGCAAAACACAGAGAAGGAGACAGAAGGAGGAUUUCUUGUUG